ACUACAACCAAAACCACUGCAGCCUCAACUACAACCACAAGCACUGCAGCCCCCACUACAACCAUGAGAACUACUUCUGAUCCCACUGGUCCCCAAAUCAAGCAACUUAAAUUCACAUUAAAUAUGAAUUUCACAGAUUCCCUGAGAGAUGAGAAGUCACAGGAUUUCAAAAACUUAAGUAAUAAAAUUACCAGUGAUCUUGAUGGAAUUUACAGAGGGAUGUUUCCUGCUACUUACAUCAGAUCAUUAGUUAGAAGCUUCAGCCAGGGAUCAGUCAUCCCAGAAGUAAAUUUGGAAUUCAAAGCUAAUUCCAUGGCCCCAAGCAAUGCAGACAUUGUCAGAACUCUCUACACAGCAGUGACUGGAUCAGGAAAUUUGGGGGGCCUAGAAUUGGACAUAACAAGCAUUACAUCGAACACUGCUACUGUGAAAACGCUGCCUCCACUCAAGAUUGUUACAGAAUUCCUCCUUAUAGACGGAUUUACACCAGGACUGUCCAGAGGCAUAUCUGCAGAAUCCAUUAAACUUACUGAUAAAAUCAAUAAUUGGUUGAAACCUAUCCUUGAAAGAUAUUAUGGUCAAACAAUGGUGAAUUCAUCCUUUGCAAACUUUAGCAACUCUGAUAAUUGGAUCCAGACCACGGUGGAAUAUCAAUUCAACACACCCAUAAUUGUGAACCCAAGCAAGAUAGUUGCUGAUAUCCUUGCAAGCACAAGUCCUGUACGCUAUGUGAAAUACACCCUGAAAGUCAAUGAAAAUCGAACACUAUUUGAUAUGUUCCUGUUUAGUUUGAGAAUACUGAACAAAGACUUCUCUGAUAGCCUAUCUAACAGAGGCUCCACAGAGUUUAUAGAGCUCAGCACACAAAUCACAACCUCGAUAAACACGGUUUUUGGAAAUGAGAACAGAUUUUCAGAAGUCUAUGUAUUAAAACUCACGAAAGGCUCGGUCAUUGCCAGUACAGAGGUGACCUUCUCCCAGGGAUCCACCUCACUAAAUAGCGUGUCUCAGAUCCUACUUAAUGGGGUCCCCUAUCUGGAAACACGAGGCUUGAUAAUAGACCCCACUUCCAUUAGCCCGCCAGUGCCACCCACCCCCAGACCCUUCCCUGGGUUUGCUGUUGCCAUCAUUGUACUGUGUGGCCUGGCCAUCCUCAUUAUCCCAGUACUCAUUAUUGUGGCUUUGAAGACCAGGCUGUUCAAGAAGCUAGCACAAGCUUUCUCUCUGAGGUCACCAGAUUAUUAUGACUUUUAAAUGGCUCACUCUUUUUGGUAAGACAAAU